CAAGUCAUUGAACGUUCAAACAAUUCAUUGAGCGAACUUUUUUUUUACAAGUGCUUCGUUAAGAAGAAUGAAAAAGUCAUAUUCUAAAAGUCAAUUGAGUGAAACAUCUACAAAUUCAACUAAUUCUCCUCCAUCUGAACGCAUUAUACAUUUAUCGAGACCUCGUAAGAGACAACCAAAUAAAACUGAGCAUAGUCAAAAGAUCCAAUGGGGUAACCAGGAAACCUUAUGGCCAAUUUCGGAUGCGGCGAGAAAGGCGACAGCGUCGCCAAGGAUACUCGAUUUAUCGAGAUCUCUCUCAAGACAAAAUGAUGGAAUGCCACAAUACUAUUAUAGCUGCGGGAGAAACUCGACAAUAUGGCCAAUAUCUCCAGCAGCACAGAAAUAUAAUCCCACGGAGAGAGUUCGGCGAUUAGCUACCCCUAAAAAUGACAGAGAUGACUAUAUUCGUCAGCAUGUCCCUUUAUACUUUUAUGGAUGCGGAAGAAACAGUUCCAUUGGGAAUACAGUCAAACCUUCCUCAAUACCACAAGCUACGGAUAGAGUAUCAGCUUUGGCAAGACACAAAGAUCCGGAAAAAGAUUAUCAUUACAAACGGGAAAGAGAAGUACAAACCGUGGUAAAAGACGCUACACUACGAGCUAUACCAUCACCAAGAAUAGACGAUUUAUCGAGACCUAAACCAAGAGAUGGCUACGAAUGUUAUAGAGACCCUCACUGGAAGGUAACUGAUGGAGCUAGAAGUGCUACUCCAUCCGAAAGAAUACAGUACCUAUGUAAACCAAAGACAAAAAUCGAAGGUUUCCACUUUGAUAAAAGCGUUGAAACUGUUGUAUCUAAAGGAGCACUUCGAGCUAUUCCUUCUACGAGAAUUGUAGAGUUAGCAACUCCUAAAAAGAUUAUUGGAGCCUAAAAAAAAGAGAGAGAGAGAGAGAGAGAGAGGGAAUAUUUUCUAAAGAAAAACGACUUCAAACUUUGUGUCAAACAUUCUUAAACGAUUCCUUGAAGAUUAAUAAAGAUAAUAUAAGAGAUUGUCUACAAGAUGACUUUUUAAUUGAUCUCAUGGUUUUUUCUUCAUUCUGUUGAAUUUCUUUUAAUAGAGCCAUUUUUC